GAACACUUCUGAGAUGCUGGGAGCACUUCAGGGUUGUGGUGUCUUUCAUACCAGCUGAAGCUGAAAGCUCGCCAGUACAGAGCUGGGACAUCAUCCAAGCACACUUGGGGACGGAGUUUCAAAGCUCUGAGAUCAUAAAAAUCAGGAAGCCACUGGCGUUGGAUCUUGGAUUUUGGAACAACAGGAAGCUGUCCACGUACUCAAAAAGGAAAUUGAAAGCCCUUUAGGUCAAGAUGGACUCCAACCUUAAGGAUGGCGAUGCGAAGCAAAAUGGCUACACAAAAGUCCAUGAACCUGUGGCUGGUAUAUUUCUGGAAAAGACAAAGACAAAGAUAACCAUAUAUGAAGCCAUGAAGAAGCGUAUGCUUAAGCCAGGAACAGCACUGGCUCUGCUUGAAGCACAAGCUGCCACAGUAGGUAUUGUAGACCCAAUAAACAACCGAAAGCUUUCUGUAGAGGAUGCUGUUAAAGAGGGAAUAGUUGGAUCAGAGAUGAAAGAGAAACUCCUUAAAGCAGGGAAAGCAAUCACUGGGUAUGUAGACCCCUACACCAACCAAAUGAUAUCUGUAUUCCAAGCUAUGCAAAAAGAUUUAGUUCCAAGAGAUUAUGGAUUGAGGCUGCUGGAAGCACAGAUAGCCACAAAAGGCCUGUUUGAUCCUGUCGAUAAGACAUAUAUUUCAGUUGACUCUGCAAUUCAGAAGGGGUACUAUCAAAAAGAUUUGCUGAAGGACCAGAUGUCAGAGCUCAAAGUGUUCUAUCAUCCAACUUUGCAACAAAAUCUUAACUACAGAAGCCUCCAAGAGCAAUGCAUUGUGGAGCCCAAUACAGGCCUGUUGCUUCUUCCUGUCUGCAUCACCUUCAAAGGUCUGCGCAAAGGCAUUUCCUCCACCCAGCUCCUUGAAUCAAAGAUCAUUGACAAAGAAACAUAUGAUGACCUGCAGAAGGGGAAAACCACAACACAGGAUGUGAUGUUGAUUGAAACAGUGAAAGAAUACCUGGAAGGCAAAGGCAGCAUUGCAGGCAUUGCUAUACUCUCAACCAAUCAGAGAAUGAGCAUUUAUAAAGCCAUGAAGCAAGGCAUACUGAUGCCUGGGACAUCGCUUGUUCUCCUGGAGGCACAAGCUGCUACUGGAUUCAUGAUUGAUCCUGUAGAAAAUAAGAAGUACACUGUGGAUGAAGCUGUCAAAAACAAACUUGUUGGCCCAGAAUAUCACGCAAAGCUGCGUUCUGCUGAGCGAGCAGUGACCGGAUACAAAGACCCAUACACCAGUGAAACUAUCUCCCUGUUUCAAGCACUCUCAAAAGACCUCAUUGUCAAAGAACAUGGAAUCCGCCUGCUUGAAGCACAAAUUGCUACAGGUGGAAUAAUUGAUCCAAUCAACAGUCACAGACUUCCUACAGAAGUGGCCUUCAAGAGAGGUUAUUUUGAUGAACAAAUGAAUGCCAUAUUGGAGGAUUCAGGAGAUGACACAAAAGGCUUUUUUGAUCCAAACACAGAAGAAAAUCUAACCUAUCUUCAGUUGAUGGAAAGGUGUGUCACCGAUCCUACUACUGGACUGUGCCUCCUCCCUUUACGUGAUAAAUCAGACAGGGUAAAUUUCAGUUUCAUUGACUACCAAACUAAAACGGCUUUCAAGGCAGAGAAAGUGAAAGUGACAUAUGGCAAAUAUGCGGGAAUGACAGUAUCUCUGUGGGAACUGCUGAUGUCAGAAUACUUUGAUGAAAACCAGAGGGAAGACAUCUUUAAAAAAUACAGAGAGGGGAAGAUUACCAUCAAGAUGAUCAUUACAACAGUCCUGGAAGUGAUAGAAAAGUCAGUGAAAACAACUGACGUCGUCUUUGAAGGCAUCAGAGACACUGUUACAGCCAAGCAGCUUGUGGAAGCAGAUAUCAUUAGUCAGGAGGUCUUAGAGGACCUCAAGAAGGGAAAGAAAUCUGUGCAGGAAGUCAUUGAAGAUGAAAAUGUAAAUGUGUACUUAAAAGGGAAAGACAGCAUUGCAGGUAUUAUGCUUCCUGAUUCUCAAAUCAUGACCAUCUACCAGGCCAAACAGAAAGGAAAGCUGAUGCCAGGAACUGCUCUGAUUCUACUGGAGGCACAGGCAGCAACAGGGUUCAUUAUUGACCCUAUUGGAAAUAGAAAGUUUUCAGUGGAUGAAGCUGUCAAAGCAAAGAUUGUGGGGCCUGAUGUGUGUCAAAAGCUGCGAUCGGCAGAGAAAGCAGUUACUGGAUACAAAGAUCCAUACACUGGAGAAAUAAUUUCUUUGUUCCAAGCAAUGCAAAAAGACCUGAUCCUAAAAGACCAUGGCAUUAGGCUCCUGGAGGCACAGAUUGCCACUGGUGGGAUCAUCGACCCAGUGAACAGCCAUCGCAUACCUGUCCAUGUGGCCUAUAAGAAGGGGUACUUUAAUGAAGAAAUGAAUCAGAUCCUGGAUGAUCCAAGUGAUGACACCAAGGGAUUCUUUGACCCCAACACCCACGAGAACCUGACAUACUUGCAGCUCAUGGCCAGAUGUGUAACAGAUCCUAGUACAGGCCUGUGCCUCUUACCUCUCAAAGGCAAGAGCAACAAAAUAAAGAUAGAUGACAACAUCAGAGAAUUGUUCAAAACAACAAUAGUUACUGUCAAGUACGGUAGGUUCAAGGGCAAACACACAACACUGUGGGAUCUUAUCAACUCAGAAUAUCUUUCUGAAGACAAACGACAGGAGUUUUUCAAGCUCUUCAGGUCAAGGAAAAUCACAAUUCAGCAACUUACUGAGACCAUUGUAGAGAUCAUUGAGAGUAAGGAGAUACGACAGCAAGAAGGACUGAAGUUUGAAGGUCUCAGAGGAGAAGUCUCUGCUGUGGACCUUUUGGAUCUAGAAAUUGUGGAUGAAAACACCUACAACAGUUUGCUUGCUGGAAACAUGAACAGCACUGAUGUGAUGAAAAUGGACAGUGUGAGAGCCUACCUACAAGGAAAAAGUUGUGUAGCUGGGUUGAUACUGCAACCCUCAAAUAAAAAAAUAAGCAUUCAUGAGGCACAGAGAAUUGGGAUUCUUGCACCUGGCACUGCCCUUUGCCUCCUCGAAGCACAAGCAGCUACAGGAUUUGUUGUUGAUCCUUUGAAUAACAAAAAACUUACAGUUGAACAAGCUCUCAAAGAAAAGUUGAUUAGUCCACAAAUGUAUGAAAAACUUUUGUCUGCAGAGAGAGCUGUCACUGGUUACAAAGAUCCAUACACAGGUCAGAAGAUCUCUCUCUUCCAAGCAUUGAAAAAAGAUCUUAUUGUCAAGCAGCAUGGCAUUCGUUUACUUGAGGCCCAGAUUGCUACAGGUGGUAUCAUCGAUCCCUUAAAGUGUCUCCACUUACCCCUUGAAGUUGCAUACAAGAAGGGAUAUUUUGAUGAAGAACUUAAUCAAAUCCUAACAGACCCAAGUGAUGACACAAAGGGCUUUUUUGACCCAAAGACAAAAGAAAAUCUGACAUACAUGGAGAUGUUGGGCAGAUGUGUGAAAGAUAAGGAAACUGGACUGUUUCUCCUGCCACUGAAUGACACACCAAAAGCUACAGCAACAAAGCAAAAGAUUUAUACUGACACGGAGAUUAAGGAAGACUUUGAAAAGACAAGUGUCAGCAUAUCUGUAGGACACUAUUCUGGAAAAUCAGUUACACUGUGGGACCUGAUUCACUCUGGCUACUUCACUGAGGAUCAGCGACUUGAAUUGAUUGAAAAAUACAGAACAAGGCAGAUUAGUGUCCAAACCAUAAUCACAUUAGUGAUUACCACAAUAGAAAAACUGGAGAAGACUGAAACUCCCCAAAUGAUAAUGGGUCUGAGAAAGCAUGUCACUGCAAAACAACUACUGGAUUCUGAAAUCAUUGAUGCAGAAACAUUCAAACAGGUGAAAGAAGGAAACCUCACCUUAGAAACAAUAACACAAGGUGAACCCGUGAGAAGAUACCUGAAAGGAACUGGAAGCAUUGCUGGAGUUAAGGUUUAUCCAUCCCAGAAAGUGAUGAGCAUAUAUGAAGCAAAAAAUGAAGGCCUCUUGACACCUGGCAUUGCACUUCUACUACUUGAAGCUCAAGCUGCAACAGGAUGGAUCACUGAUCCCCUCAAAAAUGAGUUCUAUGCUGUGGAAGAGGCUGUAAAAGAGAGAGUGAUUGGGCCAGAUGUACGUGAGCAACUUCUUUCAGCUGAAAGAGCUGUCACUGGGUAUAAAGAUCCAUAUACAGAUGUGACAAUAUCACUGUUUGAAGCCAUGCAAAAAAAGCUGAGAGAAAGAAGCUAUGGCCUUCGGAUUCUUGAUGUGCAGAUAGCAACAGGAGGAAUUAUUGACCCAAAUCAAAGUCACAGACUGCCAAUUCAUAUUGCUAUCAAAAAGGGAUGUCUGGAUGAAGAAACUCACAAAAUUCUGUUGAACCCCAAAGAUGAUGCAAAAGGAUUCUUUGACCCAAAUACCAAUGAAAAGCUGUCAUAUGGUCAGUUGAUGAAUAAAUGUGAGAAAGAUGCUAAAACUGGGCUACUUCUCCUACCGCUGCAUGAAGAAAAAGAGUUUCACACAGAUGAGCAAAUUGAACUUGCACUGAAAAACAAAAAGAUGACCUUGAAUGUAGGAAAAUUUAAAAACAAAACGGUCACACUGUGGGAAGUACUGUUAUCUGAAUACAUAUCAGAACAAAAAAGGGAGCAGCUUAUACAGCAAUACCGGACAGGAGUGACCAAAAUUGAGGAGAUGAUUGAAAUACUCACAAUUAUAAUUACAGAGGUAUCAUCCAAGGAAAGAAAGUUCAAAGGAUUACGAAAACAAGUCUCAGCCAGUGAAUUAUUUGAGUCAAAGAUUAUCUCAAAGGACCUUUUCACCCAAAUUAUACAAGGUGAAGUAACUGAAGAAAAUGUUGUCAAAAUGGAAUCAAUUCAAAAGUAUCUUGGAGCUACAAACUGUAUAGCAGGUGUAAGAGUUGAGUCCACAAAAAAGGUGAUGAGCAUCUAUGAAGCAAAAAGCAAAGGUCUGCUCACUCCUGGUACCUCUCUGGUUCUGUUGGAAGCCCAAGCUGCCACAGGCUUUGUAAUUGACCCAAUCAACAACAAAAAGCUUUCUGUAGAGGAAGCUGUGGCUCAAGGGGUGGUUGGCAAAGAGUGGGAAAGAAAACUGCUUUCAGCAGAAAGAGCAGUGACAGGGUACAAAGAUCCUUACACUGGAGAAACAAUUUCUCUGUUCCAGGCCUUGAAAAAAGAUCUAAUUGUGAAAGAUCAUGGCAUCCGUCUCCUUGAAGCUCAGAUUGCAACUGGAGGCAUAAUUGAUCCAGUCCAUAGCCAUCGAGUACCCAUACAGGUGGCAUAUCAGAGAGGUUACUUUGAUGAAGAAAUGAACCAGAUUUUAUCUGAUCCUGAUGAUGACACCAAGGGCUUCUUUGACCCCAACACUCAAGAGAACCUCACAUAUCUCCAGCUGAUUGAGAGGUGCUUCAGAGAUCCAAAUACAGAGCUAAACUUUCUGUCUAUUGUCAAGAAAGGAGAGUAUUAUUUCUUUGUUGAUGAGGCAACUAAACUAAUUCUGAAGUCUACAAUAACAACCAGAGCUGGAGGAAAAUACAGAGGACAAACUGUGUCUCUGUGGGAUCUGCUGUACUCCAAAUAUAUCACUGAGGAGAAGCGGAGAGACCUUGUCCAACAGUACAAGGCUGGCUCAAUCACAAUAGAGCGCUUUUUGGAAAUCAUCCUGACAAUCAUUGAGCAGCAUACACAAGACACAACUUCAUCAUCUUCAUCAAUCGUCAUGUCCCAACCACCAGAAACUAAAGUGGACAGUAGCACAACAGAAAGUACCAUCACCACAACAAUCACAGAGACUACUGAAGUUGAAAAGUUCCAUGGAAUCAGAAAGGAUGUCUCUGUAACUGAGCUGCUUGAGUCCAAAAUCAUUGAUGAGAAACUCUACAAAGAUCUUAGUGCUGGAAAAGUUACAGUAACAGAAGUAAGUGAAAUGGACUCAGUGCGCAAGUACCUUGAGGGGACCAACAGCAUUGCAGGAGUUUAUCUUCAGUCCACUCAAGAGACCUUGACUAUCUAUGAAGCAAAAAGCAAAGGUCUGUUGACUCCUGGUACCUCUCUGGUUCUGCUGGAGGCCCAAGCUGCCACAGGCUUUAUCAUUGACCCAAUCAACAACAAAAAGCUUUCUGUAGAGGAAGCUGUGGCUCAAGGAGUUAUAGGCAAAGACUGGGAAAAAAAAUUAAUUUCAGCAGAAAGGGCAGUGACAGGGUACAAAGAUCCUUAUACUGGACAAACAAUUUCUUUGUUCCAGGCCUUGAAAAAAGAUCUAAUUGUGAAAGAUCAUGGAAUUCGUCUGCUUGAAGCUCAAAUUGCAACUGGAGGCAUAAUUGACCCGGUGUACAGUCACAGAGUGCCUGUACAGGUAGCAUAUGAAAGAGGUUACUUUGAUGAAGAAAUGAACCAGAUUUUAUCUGAUCCUGAUGAUGACACCAAGGGCUUCUUUGACCCCAACACUCAGGAGAACCUCACAUAUCUCCAGUUGGUUGAGAGGUGUAUUACAGAUCCCAUCACAGGCCUCAGUUUACUUGUCAUUGUCAAGAAAGGAGAGUAUUACUUCUUUGUCGAUGAAGCAACUAAACUAAUUCUGAAGUCUACAAUAACAACCAAAGCUGGAGGAAAAUACAGAGGACAAACAGUGUCUCUGUGGGAUCUGCUGUACUCCAAAUAUAUCACUGAGGAGAAGCGGAGAGCCCUAGUUCAACAGUACAAGGCUGGCUCAAUCACACUAGAGCGCCUUUUGGAAAUCAUCCUGACAAUCAUUGAGCAGCAUACACAAGACACAACUUCAUCAUCUUCAUCAAUCGUCAUGUCCCAACCACCAGAAACUAAAGUGGACAGUAGCACAACAGAAAGUACCAUCACCACAACAAUCACAGAGACUACUGAAGUUGAAAAGUUCCAUGGAAUCAGAAAGGAUGUCUCUGUAACUGAGCUGCUUGAGUCCAAAAUCAUUGAUGAGAAACUCUACAAGGAUCUUAGUGCUGGAAAAGUUACAGUAACAGAAGUAAGUGAAAUGGACUCAGUGCGCAAAUACCUUGAGGGGACCAACAGCAUUGCAGGAGUGUAUCUCCAGUCCACCAAAAAGACAAUGAGUAUCUAUGAAGCAAAAAGCAAAGGUCUGCUCACUCCUGGUACCUCUCUGGUUCUGUUGGAAGCCCAAGCUGCCACAGGCUUUGUAAUUGACCCAAUCAACAACAAAAAGCUUUCUGUAGAGGAAGCUGUGGCUCUAGGAGUUAUUGGCAAAGAGUGGAAAAACAAACUGAUCUCGGCAGAAAGGGCAGUGACAGGGUACAAAGAUCCUUAUACUGGACAAACAAUUUCUUUGUUCCAGGCCUUGAAAAAAGAUCUAAUUGUGAAAGAUCAUGGAAUUCGUCUGCUUGAAGCUCAAAUUGCAACUGGAGGUAUAAUUGACCCGGUGCACAGUCACAGAGUGCCUGUACAGGUAGCAUAUGAAAGAGGUUACUUUGAUGAAGAAAUGAACCAGAUUUUAUCUGAUCCUGAUGAUGACACCAAGGGCUUCUUUGACCCCAACACUCAGGAGAACCUCACAUAUCUCCAGUUGGUUGAGAGGUGUAUUACAGAUCCCAUUACAGGCCUCAGUUUACUUGUCAUUGUCAAGAAAGGAGAGUAUUACUUCUUUGUCGAUGAAGCAACUAAACUUAUUCUGAAGUCUACAAUAACAACCAAAGCUGGAGGAAAAUACAGAGGACAAACAGUGUCUCUGUGGGAUCUGCUGUACUCCAAAUAUAUCACUGAGGAGAAGCGGAGAGACCUUGUCCAACAGUACAAGGCUGGCUCAAUCACAAUAGAGCGCUUUUUGGAAAUCAUCCUGACAAUCAUUGAGCAGCAUACACAAGACACAACUUCAUCAUCUUCAUCAAUCGUCAUGUCCCAACCACCAGAAACUAAAGUGGACAGUAGCACAACAGAAAGUACCAUCACCACAACAAUCACAGAGACUACUGAAGUUGAAAAGUUCCAUGGAAUCAGAAAGGAUGUCUCUGUAACUGAGCUGCUUGAGUCCAAAAUCAUUGAUGAGAAACUCUACAAAGAUCUUAGUGCUGGAAAAGUUACAGUAACAGAAGUAAGUGAAAUGGACUCAGUGCGCAAGUACCUUGAGGGCACCAACAGCAUUGCAGGAGUUUAUCUUCAGUCCACUCAAGAGACCUUGACUAUCUAUGAAGCAAAAAGCAAAGGUCUGUUGACUCCUGGUACCUCUCUGGUUCUGCUGGAGGCCCAAGCUGCCACAGGCUUUAUCAUUGACCCAAUCAACAACAAAAAGCUUUCUGUAGAGGAAGCUGUGGCCCAAGGAGUUAUAGGCAAAGACUGGGAAAAAAAAUUAAUUUCAGCAGAAAGGGCAGUGACAGGGUACAAAGAUCCUUAUACUGGACAAACAAUUUCUUUGUUCCAGGCCUUGAAAAAAGAUCUAAUUGUGAAAGAUCAUGGAAUUCGUCUGCUUGAAGCUCAAAUUGCAACUGGAGGCAUAAUUGACCCGGUGCACAGUCACAGAGUGCCUGUACAGGUAGCAUAUGAAAGAGGUUACUUUGAUGAAGAAAUGAACCAGAUUUUAUCUGAUCCUGAUGAUGACACCAAGGGCUUCUUUGACCCCAACACUCAGGAGAACCUCACAUAUCUCCAGUUGGUUGAGAGGUGUAUUACAGAUCCCAUCACAGGCCUCAGUUUACUUGUCAUUGUCAAGAAAGGAGAGUAUUACUUCUUUGUCGAUGAAGCAACUAAACUAAUUCUGAAGUCUACAAUAACAACCAAAGCUGGAGGAAAAUACAGAGGACAAACAGUGUCUCUGUGGGAUCUGCUGUACUCCAAAUAUAUCACUGAGGAGAAGCGGAGAGCCCUUGUUCAACAGUACAAGGCUGGCUCAAUCACACUAGAGCGCCUUUUGGAAAUCAUCCUGACAAUCAUUGAGCAGCAUACACAAGACACAACUUCAUCAUCUUCAUCAAUCGUCAUGUCCCAACCACCAGAAACUAAAGUGGACAGUAGCACAACAGAAAGUACCAUCACCACAACAAUCACAGAGACUACUGAAGUUGAAAAGUUCCAUGGAAUCAGAAAGGAUGUCUCUGUAACUGAGCUGCUUGAGUCCAAAAUCAUUGAUGAGAAACUCUACAAGGAACUUAGUGCUGGAAAAGUUACAGUGACAGAAGUAAGUGAAAUGGACUCAGUGCGCAAGUACCUUGAGGGGACCAACAGCAUUGCAGGAGUGUAUCUCCAGUCCACCAAAAAGACAAUGAGCAUCUAUGAAGCUAAAAGCAAAGGUCUGCUCACUCCUGGUACCUCUCUGGUUCUGUUGGAAGCCCAAGCUGCCACAGGCUUUAUCAUUGACCCAAUCAAGAACAAAAAGCUUUCUGUAGAGGAAGCUGUGGCUCUAGGAGUUAUUGGGAAAGAGUGGAAAAACAAACUGAUCUCAGCAGAAAGGGCAGUGACAGGGUACAAAGAUCCUUAUACUGGACAAACAAUUUCUUUGUUCCAGGCCUUGAAAAAAGAUUUAAUUGUGAAAGAUCAUGGAAUUCGUCUGCUUGAAGCUCAAAUUGCAACUGGAGGCAUAAUUGACCCGGUGCACAGUCACAGAGUGCCUGUACAGGUAGCAUAUGAAAGAGGUUACUUUGAUGAAGAAAUGAACCAGAUUUUAUCUGAUCCUGAUGAUGACACCAAGGGCUUCUUUGACCCCAACACUCAGGAGAACCUCACAUAUCUCCAGUUGGUUGAGAGGUGUAUUACAGAUCCCAUCACAGGCCUCAGUUUACUUGUCAUUGUCAAGAAAGGAGAGUAUUACUUCUUUGUCGAUGAAGCAACUAAACUAAUUCUGAAGUCUACAAUAACAACCAAAGCUGGAGGAAAAUACAGAGGACAAACAGUGUCUCUGUGGGAUCUGCUGUACUCCAAAUAUAUCACUGAGGAGAAGCGGAGAAACCUUGUCCAACAGUACAAGGCUGGCUCAAUCACAAUAGAGCGCUUUUUGGAAAUCAUCCUGACAAUCAUUGAGCAGCAUACACAAGACACAACUUCAUCAUCUUCAUCAAUCGUCAUGUCCCAACCACCAGAAACUAAAGUGGACAGUAGCACAACAGAAAGUACCAUCACCACAACAAUCACAGAGACUACUGAAGUUGAAAAGUUCCAUGGAAUCAGAAAGGAUGUCUCUGUAACUGAGCUGCUUGAGUCCAAAAUCAUUGAUGAGAAACUCUACAAGGAUCUUAGUGCUGGAAAAGUUACAGUAACAGAAGUAAGUGAAAUGGACUCAGUGCGCAAGUACCUUGAGGGGACCAACAGCAUUGCAGGAGUGUAUCUCCAGUCCACCAAAAAGACAAUGAGCAUCUAUGAAGCAAAAAGCAAAGGUCUGCUCACUCCUGGUACCUCUCUGGUUCUGCUGGAGGCCCAAGCUGCCACAGGCUUUGUCAUUGACCCAGUAAAAAACAAAAAGCUUUCUGUAGAGGAAGCUGUGGAUGAAGGAGUGGUUGGGAAAGAGUGGAAAAACAAACUGAUCUCGGCAGAAAGGGCAGUGACAGGGUACAAAGAUCCAUACACUGGGCAAACAAUUUCUUUGUUCCAGGCCUUGAAAAAAGAUCUAAUUGUGAAAGAUCAUGGAAUUCGUCUGCUUGAAGCUCAAAUUGCAACUGGAGGCAUAAUUGACCCGGUGUACAGUCACAGAGUACCUGUACAGGUAGCAUAUGAAAGAGGUUACUUUGAUGAAGAAAUGAACCAGAUUUUAUCUGAUCCUGAUGAUGACACCAAGGGCUUCUUUGACCCCAACACUCAGGAGAACCUCACAUAUCUCCAGUUGGUUGAGAGGUGUAUUACAGAUCCCAUCACAGGUCUCAGUUUACUUGUCAUUGUCAAAAAGGGAGAGUUUUACUUCUUUGUGGAUGAGGCAACUAAACUUAUUCUGAAGUCUAAAACAACAACCAGAGCUGGAGGAAAAUACAGAGGACAAACAGUGUCUCUGUGGGAUCUGCUGUACUCCAAAUAUAUCACUGAGGAGAAGCGGAGAGACCUUGUCCAACAGUACAAGGCUGGCACAAUCACAAUGGAGCGCUUUUUGGAAAUCAUCCUGACAAUCAUUGAGCAGCAUACACAAGACACAACUUCAUCAUCUUCAACAAUCGUCAUGUCCCAACCACCAGAAACUAAAGUGGACAGUAGCACAACAGAAACUACCACCAUCACCACAACAAUCACAGAGACUACUGAAGUUGAAAAGUUCCAUGGAAUCAGAAAGGAUGUCUCUGCUACUGAGCUGCUUCAGUCCAAAAUUAUUGAUGAGAAACUCUACAAGGAUCUUAGUGCUGGAAAAGUUACAGUAACAGAAGUAAGUGAAAUGGACUCAGUGCGCAAGUACCUUGAGGGGACCAACAGCAUUGCAGGAGUUUAUCUUCAGUCCACUCAAGAGACCUUGACUAUCUAUGAAGCAAAAAGCAAAGGUCUGUUGACUCCUGGUACCUCUCUGGUUCUGCUGGAGGCCCAAGCUGCCACAGGCUUUGUAAUUGACCCAAUCAACAAGAACAAACUUUCUGUAGAGGAAGCUGUGGCUCAAGGAGUUAUUGGCAAAGAGUGGAAAAACAAACUGAUCUCGGCAGAAAGGGCAGUGACAGGGUACAAAGAUCCUUAUACUGGACAAACAAUUUCUUUGUUCCAGGCCUUGAAAAAAGAUCUAAUUGUGAAAGAGCAUGGAAUUCGUCUGCUUGAAGCUCAAAUUGCAACUGGAGGCAUAAUUGACCCGGUGCACAGUCACAGAGUGCCUGUACAGGUAGCAUAUGAAAGAGGUUACUUCGAUGAAGAAAUGAACCAGAUUUUAUCUGAUCCUGAUGAUGACACCAAGGGCUUCUUUGACCCCAACACUCAGGAGAACCUCACAUAUCUCCAGUUGGUUGAGAGGUGUAUUACAGAUCCCAUCACAGGCCUCAGUUUACUUGUCAUUGUCAAGAAAGGAGAGUAUUACUUCUUUGUCGAUGAAGCAACUAAACUUAUUCUGAAGUCUACAAUAACAACCAAAGCUGGAGGAAAAUACAGAGGACAAACAGUGUCUCUGUGGGAUCUGCUGUACUCCAAAUAUAUCACUGAGGAGAAGCGGAGAGACCUUGUCCAACAGUACAAGGCUGGCUCAAUCACAAUAGAGCGCCUUUUGGAAAUCAUCCUGACAAUCAUUGGGCAGCAUACACAAGACACAACUUCAUCAUCUUCAUCAAUCGUCAUGUCCCAACCACCAGAAACUAAAGUGGACAGUAGCACAACAGAAAGUACCAUCACCACAACAAUCACAGAGACUACUGAAGUUGAAAAGUUCCAUGGAAUCAGAAAGGAUGUCUCUGCUACUGAGCUGCUUCAGUCCAAAAUUAUUGAUGAGAAACUCUACAAGGAUCUUAGUGCUGGAAAAGUUACAGUAACAGAAGUAAGUGAAAUGGACUCAGUGCGCAAGUACCUUGAGGGGACCAACAGCAUUGCAGGAGUGUAUCUCCAGUCCACCAAAAAGACAAUGAGUAUCUAUGAAGCAAAAAGCAAAGGUCUGCUCGCUCCUGGUACCUCUCUGGUUCUGCUGGAGGCCCAAGCUGCCACAGGCUUUAUCAUUGACCCAAUCAAGAACAAAAAGCUUUCUGUAGAGGAAGCUGUGGCUCAAGGAGUUAUUGGCAAAGCGUGGAAAAACAAACUGAUCUCAGCAGAAAGGGCAGUGACAGGGUACAAAGAUCCUUAUACUGGACAAACAAUUUCUUUGUUCCAGGCCUUGAAAAAAGAUCUAAUUGUGAAAGAUCAUGGAAUUCGUCUGCUUGAAGCUCAAAUUGCAACUGGAGGCAUAAUUGACCCGGUGUACAGUCACAGAGUGCCUGUACAGGUAGCAUACGAAAGAGGUUACUUUGAUGAAGAAAUGAACCAGAUUUUAUCUGAUCCUGAUGAUGACACUAAGGGCUUCUUUGACCCCAACACUCAAGAGAACCUCACAUAUCUCCAGUUGGUUGAGAGGUGCAUUACAGAUCCCGUCACAGGCCUCAGUUUACUCCCACUGAAGAAGUGAACGCUAUUUCAAUUUUACUGUAUUAACUGAGUACAACAUAAAAUAAUAACUUCAUUCUUGAUCACAAAAUACUUUGCAAGUUCUACUGAAAGAUAUGUGGAGAAAACAUACUGUAAUCUUAUCAUAACUAAAAAACAAGCCAUUAGAUUGAUUACACAACACCUUUGCUUAAUUGCUUUUAUUGUACAAUGUUGGAAGGUUUGUUUUGUUGAAAACCUAGUUCAUUACUAAAGAAAAUUUAAGAAUUGGUUUUAUUGUAGAAUGAGGUCAUAGUAUUGACAUACUCAGCUGGAAUGUAUACAUUUUUAUUCCAAAGAUAUAAACCGAAAAAUGUGUCAAAAACCACUGAAAACCAAAUAUAACCUAAUGUCAGCAUUUAUAUUAAAUUUGCACUUAAUAAAGGUGAAAAAUCAUUUAAAACCCUCUGUUUUAUAUACAUCAAAACACAUAGCAAAUGUUGCCAGAAGUUCCCCCAUGUCUUUGUUUUUUUAACAUUUUGGAUUUUUAAUGUUGUUUCUAUGGUUUAACGUUUUUCCUGUUUCUGUUGGAGAUUUGAGUUUCUCUUUUUUACGCUCUUGUAAGUAGUUUUAGCUGAGCCAGACUCAGUCUUAAUUUACCUAAAUGGGCAGUGCUGUUUCACAUUUGGGCAAAGGUUGAAUGUGGGUACAUGUAAUAUACUUUUGCUGUCUUUUUUUCUCAGUUUUUUGCUUACUUUGCCAUUUGAACCAAUAAACAAGUGAGUUAUGAACACUA